AUGUCGAGCGGUGUCCCAGUACUGUUAGCCCAUGUGGCUACUGAAGAGGAGGUGGACUUUAAGAAGGAAAAUAUCGACACGAAUGGUAACAUUCAGGAUGUCAAAAACAUCGGCAAAGGGCGAAACAACAAUGUUAAAGGAUCGCGUCGUUUGCGCAUUAACGAUGAGGAACGCCGUAUUGCCUGGGAAAUAGAACAGAAGAAAAAGCCUAUUCUUGAAAAGGGAGUAAAGGGUAGAGUCAAGUGGUACAGUGUCCGUUUCCAUUACGGUUUUAUCGCACGUGAUGAUAAAGGAAACGAUGUUUUCGUGCAUCAGACAGCUAUAACAAAGUCGCGAAUCAUUAAGUAUUAUCUGCGUACUCUAGGCGAUGGUGAAGAAGUCCUUUUCGACAUUGUUGAAGGAAAGCAAGGACCUGAAGCCGCCAAUGUUACCGGACCAAAUGGUGCUGAGGUUCGUGGUAGCAAAUACCACAAUUUUCAGUUCUCCAGUUUUCGUCAUCGCAUGGCAUACAAUCGCGAACGAUCAGCUCAUCAAGAAAAUGAGAAAUAUCGACGUGAUGGGCAGGACCGCAAACCAAAUGAAAAGCAAGAGGAUGAUAAUGCAGACAUAAAGAAGCCGAAUAUUGAACGUCGGCGACGUAUUCGUAAUUUCAGAGCUCGUCGUCUGCCAACUGCUGCAAAGAAAUCGGUUAAUAGUGGUAGAGAUCGUGGUGAAGGCGAAGAUGGUGGUGGGGAUUCGAAGAAGGAAAGCAAUCACAGUGAUAUAUGCAAUGGUACUCAUAGUGAAGGCCGUGGAGAUGCUCGUCGCUCAACACGCAAGAAUGGCGCAACACGUCGUCGCUCAACGGCUACCACGGAUGCAAGUCAGUCUGAGACGGAAGGCAUGGAGAAGGAAAUCAAGAAUGCAUCUAACGCUGCUCUAGGAGGUCAAUAA